AUGUGUAAACGUCUAGAAGAAUUGAGAGCAUCGAUCGCUAUUCGUUAUCCUUCAUCAUUUCGUGUCUAUCGUGGAUCAAAAUUAAGUAGAGAAGAAGUCGAAAAUUUGCGUGUUGGGGCCUUAGUUGCAACAAACGGUUUCUUUUCGUGCUCAACUUCAUUGGAAAUUGCUCAAGGAUUCUUAGGAAUAGAUCUAAUCACAGGCAUAUCACCAAGCGAAGGUCGUCAAGAUCAGCAACAGUAUAUCUUAUUCGAAAUCAAUGUCAAUCUAUUGGAAACACCUGAUCUCGUUAUUGCUGAUGUAUCUGAUGAAAGUGUUGCACCUCAAGAAAACGAAAUUCUUUUCGGUUUGGGAACUACUUUUGCCGUUCAACAGAUCAACUAUGAUGAUGAGCAUUGUGUCUGGCAUAUUGAACUGAUUUUAUCAUCUGAAGUAAACCAUAUUAAUGAACAAUAUAAAAAAUACAUUCAUGAUCGGCUUCAAGAGUGCGAUGCAACGAUGUUUUUUGGUAAUUGCUUAGGUGACAUUCUUGGUGAUUAUUCUGCAGCAAUGCGCUUCUUUCAUCGCCAAUUGCGUAUCAAACCAAUUGAUGACCCAUACCGCCCCAAUACUUUGUAUCAUUUAGCGCGAGUUUAUCGUUGUAUGGGUUUAUAUUCACAAGCGGUUAACUAUUUUCGACGUGCGAUGCUUUUGCAACGACGUAGAUUACCGCAAUCAGGCUAUGCUUAUGCUCAAACAAUCUCUGGCCUUGCAAUGCUUUAUUCUGAAACUGGUCGCACAAAACAAUCUAUUGACUUACAGACAAAAGCUGUGCAAAUUUUUCGUACUUAUUUGUCGGAAGAUCAUGUGCAAAUGGCCAUUGUGUAUAAUCGUUUAGCUUACGUUUGCUACCAGGAAAAGCAAUACGAACGAGCACAGUCUUUGCUUUCAGUUACCAUGUCGGUUCUAAAAAACAAAGGACCCUUGAAUUAUACUGGUUAUGCAACAUCACUAGACUUGAUGGGUACAGUAAAAUGGGCUAUCGGUAUGAAACAUGAGGCGGCAGAAUAUCUUACGGACGCAUUGAAAAUGCGCGAAUCUUUCUUAACAGAAGAGCAUCCUUUGGUUGCUCGUACAUGUUAUACGUUGGCGAAGUUAUAUGCAGAAAUGCCACAAGGGCAUUCGGCAGCAAUGAGCUAUGCUCUUAGAGCGCUUCGUAUUCGUGAGGCUAAAUUAACCAAAAAUCAUAGAGAGCUCAUUUUGUCGCUGGAUCUGGUUCACCAAUUAACACAAAAUUCAUUUGAAGCUGAUGCAUAG